UUAUAGUGAUGUGGUUUACAUGGAGCUGGAUAGCAAACUUUGGUCAAUAAGCCACUCUUUUUGUGCACCAUUAAAAAGUUAAAAAAUAUUUUGAAAUUUUGUUUGUAUUUAUUUCGAAGUAUGACGGGAAAUAUGGCGACGUGCAAAAAUUAUAAGUCUACUUUUUUAAGAGUUGCGCAAGUGUCACUACUUUUUCUAUUAUCAAGCGUCAAUUCGGCAUCAAUUAAUCAACCUGUGAACAAUGACCCGGCAGAGAAAGGAGAUGAUAACGUUUCUAGACCCCGUCGGCAACUGGAUACUCAACAGUUUGGAACGGUUGAUCAGUUGCUGCCGUUUCUACAACCACCCAUAAAAAUUCCACUACCGACCGGCAUCUUUCCAGAAACAACUAUUCAACAAUACGGGGUAGCAAGCUCCAAAAUAUGUUUGGCAUUUGGCUCGAGAAUUCUUGACUAUGUGGAUAGUCAAUUCAAAAAAUGGCAAAGUCCAACCUGGUAUUCAUUAACUGGUAACAAUCCCGAUGAACCGGGGGAUGAGGCAAGUGCUUCAAAAAAACCUCGAAUUGAAAUGGAUUUAUCCAGUCUGGUAGGUCAAAUGCAGCUUCCAUCGAGUUCCGGAAGUGCAAAUAUAGGAACAGAUAAUGAUGCCAUUACAAACGCUGUGAGAGACUUGUACGGUCCUAGAAUAAAUCCUGAGGAAGAAAGGAAUCAGACAAAACACUACAAUCCGGUGUGUAAGGAUAACUUCAACAAUUUCGUUGACUGGUUUGUCGUCUACAAGCUUCCAAAAACCAUAGAAAAAUACAACCAGGGUCAUUGGGACGAGUUCAACUCAACCGGUGGCGAAUAUGUGUACAUUACAAGCGAAUCGGUUAAAACAGUGAAAAAUUUUAUUCAUUCCGAGUACAAAAUAAACGACCAUAUCAACAUGAUCGCGUACACGUUGGACCCAAUUUAUGACAUUGAAGAUCGACUGGACAUAUUUUUCGCAAUGUACAACGACCAACCACCGAUCGGGAGCAGCAGAGAUUUCCACGCACAUUCGAAAGGCGUUUUAGCACUUGGGAUGUUGACCGGGUUUUGGAUGCCACAUUCCGUACCGAAAUUCCCUGCCAGCAGAUCCGAGUUUGAAUAUGGCAGCCCUAAAAAUGGGCAGACAAUUAUGUGCAUAUCCAUAAUGACGGGAUUGGCAGGGAAACAAAUGUUGGACAUUAUAGAGACAAUAAAACCCUACAUUUAUUUUAGCAGUGCGGACCUAUUUGACAAUUUUGAAGAUCCUGUACCGGUACCGGGUGAAAUCAUAUCUAAUCUUGGAGGACAUCUUUCUUCCUUUCUUAGUGAAAUCAAUAAUCGAUCGACGCCCUGCAAUUCCAUCUCCGAAACUAUCAUGUCCAUCCAUCGAAUGCCGUUUGACGUGGUGGCCCAUUCUCGGGAUUUUAACGUCAACAUUUUCGACCACCUGUUGUACAAUUAUGAGGAUAAUUUCAUAACUCAGACUUGGCGGAGAACUAGAACUCUGGCACCCGAAAUCAGCUUGAUACCUCCGAGAGACAACUCCAGUAAUAAAAUGGUGGUCAACAUUUGCGAAAUUGGGCUCGACUAUUCUUUAGAAGAAACUGGGGUUGGGUUAUUUGUCGAUUAUAAGACCCUAGCCGUACGAAUAUUCAGAUGGGGAUACACCAAGGAUCAUUCGAAAUGGGCGGUCGCGGUGGAGCAAGAGAUUUUCUGUGCGGGAGAUUUGAAUAGGGAUGAACCUCAAAAUAAGAGGGGAGGGUCACUCGUUUGUUUCCGGGAAAAGACAGUGGCCGAGUCGUUCAGAUAUACGGUAAUGUCCAUUGCAAAGUUUAGUGCUUGUAAGGCUGGAAGGUGUCCGACGCCUUGGAGUUUAAUGUUCUACGAGGAAUUGGUCGAUGUACAUGCUACGUUCGAUCAUUGGUGUGACCGCACUUUGCAGGGUGAGAUGAGGGAUGGUGAGCUGGAGUGAAAAUUUUGCUUUCGUUUUUUUUCACGGCGGUUGAUUCAAUAACCAAAUAUAUUGCAAAUAUUGUGUAUUUAUAAACUUUAUAUGGAUGAUGUUGAAUGUAAGCAUAAUAUGUAAAACAAGAUACAAUUAAUAAAAUAUCUCAAUAUCUAGUUAAUACAUAGUUAAUUAAAAGUUAAUUCUUGGAAGGACUACUGCUUCCAAAAAGUAUAAAUCCACUCAACAGGUAUACUGGAAUGAAUAUCAACCAGAUAUGGUCUUCGACUCUCCUCCCAUUACUACCCUACCCCCAGUGAUCGUUGCCCCCAGUGAUUAUUUACAAUCAAUUGUGUUUUCAAAAAGAUGUCUACGGUGUGUAUGGAAAUUAUUGCGAGUCAAAUUAAGAGCGUAAUAAACUGUCAAUUAAUUCCAAAUCCCUUCGUCUUGGAAUAAAAACCUUUUUAUAUUUUAAUACCUUAAUAUUUAGUGUGUCUACCACCAAAUUUCUGCAUUUCUGCUAUUCGGGGUUUAAAAGAUUUUGACAGCUUCCCCAAGAAGUCUGGCGAGAGCAUAGGCGUAGCCACGGCAUGGGCAGGGUGGGCAUGCAAUGCAAAUGCCCAC